UAACUCUAUCAAUUCGGCUGAGGUUCUUAAUUCCCCUUGGCCAUUAUCACCCAAAAAAAUCAUUACUUAAAUAGAUAAAUAUAUAAUAAUAAAAAAAAAAGAGUGAUAGAUAGAGAGAAACACCAUGACUAAAUUAUACACCAUUUUGUUUUUAACCUGUUUGGUAGUGAACAUACCUACUUUAUAUGGCAAUGUGUUAGAGGAUGAGGAGUUCUGGGAGAAGCAAGCUAAUUCAUUUGAUGAUUAUUGGAAGAAAAGAGAAGCAAGUGCUGAACAAGAGAACAAGAAAGCUUAUAUUGAUGACCCAUUUUCAUUCACCGGCAACGUGACUGAUAAUAUUACUGACCUGAUAGUUAGUGAUGAAAAAGAGGAAAAAAAGGGAAGGAAGUUGGCAGGAAAGUUAGCAAAUUCUGCAUGCGUGGCAACAAACCCGAUUGACAGAUGUUGGAGGUGUGACAAGGACUGGGAAAAGAAUCGAAAAAAGUUGGCAGAUUGUGUGCUAGGUUUUGGCAGAAACACUGUUGGGGGAAAGAAUGGUUCGUUUUACAAGGUAACCAGUAACUUGGAUAAUGACAUGGUGAAUCCUGUUCCUGGUACUCUUAGGUAUGCGGUUACAAGAACAGCACCAUUGUGGAUCUAUUUUUCUCGAAGCAUGACCAUUAGGCUGAACCAGGAGCUGAUUGUGGCAAGUAACAAGACCAUUGAUGGAAGAGGAGUUGAUGUCUACAUUGUGAAUGGGGCUGGUUUUACCCUCCAAUUCGUCAAGAAUGUGAUCAUUCAUGGAAUCAAAAUUUUUGACAUUCAGACUGGAAAUGGUGGACUUAUCAGAGAUUCUGAGACCCACUACGGCCACAGGACUCAGAGUGAUGGUGAUGGAAUUUCCAUCUUUGGCUCUAGCCAUGUCUGGAUUGACCAUGUUUCCAUGAGAAACUGCCAAGAUGGAAUGAUCGAUGCUAUUAUGGGUUCUACUGCUAUUACCAUCUCCAAUAGCCACUUCACAGAUCACAAUGAGGUGAUGCUGUUUGGUGCGAGUGACAGCCAUACUGUGGAUAAGGUAAUGCAGAUCACACUGUUAUUCAACCACUUUGGUAAGAGAUUAGUGCAAAGGAUGCCAAGAUGCAGGCAUGGUUUUUUUCAUGUGGUUAACAACGAUUACACUAAUUGGGAAAUGUAUGCCGUUGGUGGUAGCAAGCAUCCUACAAUUAUUAGUGAGGGAAACCGAUUUAGAGCCCCUGACGACCACAAUGCUAAAGAGAUAACAAAGAGGACCUUAACAACACAGGAAGAGUGGAAAAACUGGCAAUGGAGAUCAAUAAGGGAUGAGAUGGUGAAUGGAGCUUAUUUCAUAGAAAGUGGGCCCGUUCUAACCAACAGGCCCUUCGCAAAGAAUGACAUGGUGUCCUCCAAACCUGGCUCAUAUGUGGUAAGGCUCAGUCGCUAUGCUGGGGCCCUUAAAUGCGUUAAGGGCAAGCCUUGUUAAUUAGACCCCAUUCAAGUCCCAAAAGAGAGUGCAUGAGAACCAAAUCCAUCUUUCUGUGACAUGUGUGUACAGUGUAAUUAAGCUAUGGGGAAUCCUUUUGCAACGCAUGCAUGUAGAGAUAGGUAGGUAUUCUUGUAUAGGAUAACUAUAGUAUGACUUUCAUCCUUUGACUUUCAUCUUUUAUUUCAUGACGUAGUUUAAUAUGGAUCAUUGAUU